AAAACAGAAUGUAAAUUUAAUUUUAAGUUGGAAAGUAUAUUCAGUUUUGUUUCUAGUUUUGCAAAAGAUAUUUUUUGACAAAAUGAAAAAGAGAAGCAGAAUUCUCACAUUUCAAGAGUCCCAAUUGAUUUUGAAAAGCAGUCAAAGAAAAAAUACACCAAAAUUGACAUUUAAAACAAUUUCCAAUAGAAAAUAUUUUUGGAAUUUCCUACCUACUCCACCUACUGUGGUUUCAUCACCCUCUCUAUAGUUUUUGAUCUGGGACUCAUCACGGUCUACUAUAAUGUUAAAACAAAAUGAGAGGCUUGAGAAUCUUAUUGUAAGGGAUCUCUUCAGAUUUAAUUGGGAGAUAAAGAUUCUUGUGUUAGUUAAAGAUGUCAUUAGUUGUAACUAAACCAACAAGUGCCAAAUAUUAUGAAAAUUUUAAAGAGACAAUGGAGAUAAUAAUUGCAAAUAUGGAAAAGGUUGUUAUGGCUAAUGAAUGUAUUGGAAACUGUGCAAAUAUAACUUGGUAGUAUUGAAGAGGAGAUAUGUUAACAUAAUGGACUGAUCUAACCCUACAAUACAUGUGAUAGCAACAGGGUCGAGACAAAACAUCCCCUGAAGGUAAAUUUUAGGGCUAGGUUUGGUGGGGUUAUAGGGUUGUGAAAAAUUCAAUUUUAUGAAUUUCAGUUUAUGUCAAGGUCAAACUGUUGGUUAGGGAUAAAAAAGCAGAAAUUACUUUACCCACUAUUGAUCUGGAUCAAUACUGCUUAUCUCUAUCAGUAUACUAUUAGUGCAGUGCAAUACUGGUUCAAUACUACUUAUCUAUUGUAGAAUAUAGCUGACAUAUGUAUGUGUAUGUCAUAUCUACCUUUAGUACAGGAUUUUAGAAGAUCCAACAUUUAGUAGGGCCAAACCUUAACUGGUCACGAAAGGUUAACCUUGAAGAUGACUAACUAGGAUAUGUGUUUGACCAAAUGUCAUUGCAUUUUCUUUUGUAAGUUUUAAGAGUUAUAAAUUUUAGAUAGCAGCAAGAAUUUAAGCAUUUAAAAUGUCACAAAAAAGUGUACAAUUUAGAAAUUAGACCUAAAUCAUGAUAAACACUCUUUAUAAACUUGACCUUUAUAAACAUAACCAUUUACAACAUAAUAUAUGGUUAUAUCUUAUGGUUUUAGAUUUUCUAUAGAACGUCAGCAAUUUAAAGAAUGGCUGUUAAUGGCUACUUUAUAAGUGACAAAGAGCUGGAAUGCUCUAUUUGUUUGGCAUUAUGGAUAGAGAAUGAUCCAAGAAUACUGCCUUGUCAACAUACUUUUUGUUUUAAUUGUUUGAAUAAUUUGCCCAGUGAACCAUGGAAAAUAACUUGUCCAGAAUGUAGAGGAGAGCAUUUUCUAGAUAAAAAUCAUGUUGGCAGUUUGCCAAAAAAUCGAAUGCAAUAUGCAUUACAAAAACAUUUAGCGUUGCCACUUGUUGAUGAAGAUUACACUUUAACCAAACAACAAUUGGAAUGGGAACAAAAAUUCUACAAACAGCAACAGCAACAGCAAAAGCUACAAUAUCAAACAUUGGAAAAACUCCAACAAGAACAAGAACAAGAAUUGAGGCAACUACAAAUAUCUCUAAAACAACAUCAAGCUGAACAAAAAUUGCAGCUGAACCAAUUGAAAGAAUUGAAGCAACAACUACAACAACAAAACCAAAAAAACGAACUACUAGAACAACAAAAGGAGCAACUGGAACUGGAACUGGAAAAACAGAAACGACAACAGGAAAAAAAACUUUCUUCUGAGAAUAUUGUUCAACCUCUGCCAAAAAAUAUCAAUUUGAAGGUAGAACAUCUUUCAAUAACAAAAAUGAAUUGCUCAGAGCCAUAUCAACAACCAACUAUUCCUAAGCAGAGUGAUAAAUUGUCUUCAAAUGUUCAAUUUAAUCAAUCAAAUGCAAGAGAAGUUCCCCUUAGAAGAAGUGUUUCAGACAUUAUCAACUCUUUUGGAGGACAGAAAAAAUGCAAAGAACCUUCUGCACUACAUUCUGUGGCAUUCUUCAGUUCACCUGAUUCAUCCAGAAGAGGGCUUCCAACUAAACCAAAGAUGACUUCACCAACAGCUAAUAAAAGGCAAAUUACUCAACCAAUAUGUCAGCAUCCCAACUUACUGACCCAAAUUCAUCAAGUAAAACUGAAAUUGAAGUCAACAAUUGAUUCUAAAAUACAAACAGAGUAUGGUCAAAAUAAUUCGAAUACAGCAAUGUCUUCUGCUGAGAACAUUGCCCAACCACUGUCAAAAAAACCUUCUCCUCCACCAAAGCCUUUAAUACUUAAACACAUUAAACUGAUUGAUGAAAACUAAAUACAAAAUGAGCCUUAUAAUAAUCAAUUUUUUUUGAUUUUUUUGAAAAUGAUUCAAUGGUUUAUGACUCUAUGAAGAGUUUGUUCAAAUAAAAAAAUUAUUAAAACCGAGAGAUUUAUUGCUAACAAUAAAGAUACAAAUUUUAUUGAUUCUGAUAAAAGAGUACUGGUGAAGAAG